AUGGUGACAGUGUCAUGGCUGUCACGGGUUAUGCCAAAUAUGUUCACACAAGCGUGUAUUUAUGGGCACUUUUCUGGUGUUAGUCUAACCGACGCUCUUCUAAACUCUCCCGUUUGUCCUGGCCAAUGCACCACAUACGUACAGCCCUCUAUCGCCACUGACACCCUUAACUCCUUAAGGUGCCAUGCUAUUCGAGUGUUCCGGAAAACCAGGUAUCACUUUGCCUUCUACUCGUUCACCGCCCAGACACAACCCCCGCGUAAUGCGAAGUCCACCUUAGUCUUCGUGAAUGUACUUUGCCAACGCAAGUCUUUUCAGCUGGGGGAGGACUAA